AUGCACAGAAAUUUUUCUUUUUGUUUUUCCUCUUUUGUAUUAUUUUUGCUGCAUUCUGCAUCGUGCAGAAACAACACUAACAUAAAUGGGGUGAAUUACAAUUUGGAUGAUCAUAUAGUAGAUAUAUUGAAAAAAAAACUAGGUAAUAUACAUAAUAUAGGACAGAAUAAUGCUAACGAUAGUUUUAACAAAAAACUUGAGUUAUUAAAAAAGCAAAUUGAAAAAAUACAAAAGUAUGAAACUCAGUAUGCAGGGAAAGGCUACGACGACAUUUAUGACAAUGAACUAGAAGGAUUUACAAAAAAAAAAAAAAAAAAAAAUUUCGGAAUGGACGAAGAAGAUUUAGACAAUGACGACGAAAAUUUUUUGGGACAAGGGAAAACCAUAAACAAAGAUGAAAACGAAGGUAAGGAGGAUGGGGAUGAAGAAAAUGAAGUGCAUGGUAAAGCGGUCGAAGAAAGUGGGGAAAAAGAUGAGGACGAUUAUGAUGAUGAUGAAACUGCUGAUGACCCAGAAUCUCAAAGAAUUGAAGGAAAUGAAGAGAAUCAAGCUGGAGAAACUUCUGGUGGUACACAAGUUACGUUAGAGGAAGCUAGACAAGGAGAGCGUAAUGUAUCAGGGGAUGGUGUACAACUUGCCCAUACACAUACACCUGUCACAAGUAAUAAUACAUUGCAAACACCUCAAUCAGGUGGAUCCUUGCCACGCGAAGGCAAUGUGCCGUCAGGGGAAACAACUGUUAGAAGCGCUGAAGCAAAGGAACAAGAAGCACAAGUGCCCACGGACGCUGCUGCAAGAUCAAAUGCACAAUCGCAACUGAAUCUACGUACAUCAGCCCCAAAUGGUGAUACAACAGCACAACCUCAACAAAAUAGAGUAGCAUCGUCAGGAGAUGGAGGUCAGGUUGCUGUACAACAGGUCAACAUGAAACCACCUAAGGUUAUGUACCUAGAUAAACUGUAUGACGAUAUCCUUAGUGAAACAAAUAAAAAAAAAGAAAUAGAAGUUCAUAUAUACCAUAGAAAAUAUAAUGCUUUAAAAAAACAAUAUGAAUUUUCUAUGGAUGAAAAUGAGUAUAAUAUGGUUAAAAAACUUUUUAACGAAUGUUUCAAAGAAGGGGAAGGAAAUAACUCCAGUGCAACUAAUUUUACUAAUGUUUUUAAAAAGGUUUUAGAAGAUAAUGUAUUUCAUGAAAAAUUUGACAAUGUCAUCCAUGGUAUUUAUGGUUUUGCUAAACGUCAUUCGUACUUGAGUAGUGAAAGAAUAAAUAAUAACGAUGCAUACAAAGUCUUAUUUAACAAUGCCUUAAGCUUAAUAAACACAAUGUAA